AUGGCAAAGCUUGCGAUUAAAGGUAAAGAAAAGUCUGUUCCAGAGACUAAAAGUGGUUUACCAGAGCUCACAAUGAUGCUUAUUGAAAACUUGGUCCCAUUCCAGCACAUCGAAAGGGGGAUUUUGUAUGCAUUUUACAAGAAACUGUUGAACCUGGCAUUGACCAGAAAGAUAACCCAGAAACAAAUUGAAGCAACUUCUAGCCAGUUGUACACAGAAUAUAAGAAGUACUUUGAGAAUUAUUUCAAGAAUGUUAUUUCAAGCGAGACCAAGUUUGCACUUACUUUGCAUAAAUGGGUUUCGGCAUAUGAAGUCAAACCUCUCUUUUUGACUUCGAUAUCGUACAUUAACAGCAAUUUCGAGUUAUGUGAAUUUCCUAUGGGAAUCCUUGACUUGGAUGAAAAUAGUAGUCGACCUGGAACUUUCCUGCCUCAUAAUUUAGGUGGUUCUGUCUUAGAAAUACUAAACGGAAGAAUAUCAUUCGUCACGGCGAACUUUGAUAUAGAUAGGGACUCCAUGGAUCUUUUAAAAUCUAUCACUAACGAAGAUUUCGAUGAGUCGAAGUUCAUGCAAUGUUUCCCUACCUUUGUGAUUAGGGUUGUUGCUGAAUUCCUAAGUGCUAUUGAAGGCGAAAUAUACAGCAACCAAGAUGAGGGUAAAGACUUUAGUGAAAAUGCUCUGUACCAAUGGAUUCCCUCCAGUGAUAUUAUCCCGAUCAGCGUCCAUCAUUUUCUAUUCGGCUUGUAUCAGAAACUUGGAAAUUUGAAGUUAGAUGCAAGCAUGUCCAGCAGAAUGGAAUGUGACUAUAGUAGCAAGUUGAACAGUAUCAAAUACUUCACAAAUAUCCUAAAGCAUAAAAAUGAGUUGAACAGAAUCAUCAAACAGAAAUAUCGUGAAAGCAGCAAUACUCUAACUUGCUACGAUUGGCAAGUUGUUGAGUUUAUUAUUGAAUUCGUCAGGAGAUUUCAUGAUAUUGUUACUAUUAGUUCAAAGCUAAAAUUUCCAACAAUUCACAUGCUUUUGAAGUGGAUCAAGAUUUUAGUUGUCCACACCACUGCAUUUGAAAAUAAUAGCGUAUAUGAUCUCAAACCCAUUACAAAAAAAGUUCAACCUUUCUUGAAAAGAAUGCUCGCAAGACUAACGGAUUAUCACCAAGAUAUUGAAAAGAAAUUUCAAUUGAUCUCAGCAAGUUACUUACAUCCUUCUACUAAAAGAUAUUUAAAAGAGUCUGAUAUUAACAGAAUUAACAAAUACAUCGGAGAAACGGUCAGAACUAAAGCUGAAAGUGCAACCACUUCACUCUUUGAAAAUGAUUUGGGUCUCAACUUGGAUGAUAUGAUCAUGAAAUUGUUCAAUUGCUCUGGCAGUGGCUCAAAGGAGUGCUAUAAUUACGAAACUUCUUCUUCUGGGGAAGUCAAAUACUUGAAAUCUUCGAAAUACGUAUCUUUGGAGGUUGGGCCCCAUUUGCUUCAAUUUUGGAAUAUAAACCAAAAAAAGUACCCAACUUUGUCAGCGCUUGCCAGAGACGUUCUCUCUAUUCAAGUUAAUACGGAUAGAGACUCUGAAGAAUUCAAAGACCAAUUCAAGUAUUUUCGAAGAGGAAAUCCUGACAUCAGCACUAUUAGUGCGAUCCAAUUCUUGAACUCUUUGGGCAAGGUGUACAAAUUGAAUUCUUUCAAUCCCAAUGACUUGGAAGCGGAUAUUGAUAAGUACAGACACAGAGAAAAGGAAUGCAAAGACGUACAUGAGCAUGAUGAUGAGCAUGACGAAGAAACGGGAGAAAUAGAAAGUGUCAGUGAUGCCGAGGAUAGCGAGGACGAAGAAUUAGAUGAUGAUGUUGAGGUGAGAGAGAAGGAAGAUGAAAAACAUAAAGAUAGUGAGGAGUCAGCAUCGUACAGCGUGAAGCGCCAUAUGCUUUCUUUCGAUUUGGGGCACACAAACGAGAAUGAACAAAUAACAGACGAGAAUGAGCACGGUGAAGCAAGCACUAGCAAUCGAAGCGAAUGCUCCAGCCACGAGCUCCACUUUGCGAGAUGGAAGAGAAGGAAAGAAAACGAUCAGCCAGAUCUUAUUUUGGAACAUGUACGUUCCGAAGUAGAUAUGGACUUGGACAUGGCGCUACCGUGUGUCCCGAUCGAAAGUAUAGACCAAUCCAGCCGGUAG